UGUUUGCAAAAUAUGGGCUUUGGGUUUUCUUGCCAAUGGUGUAAAAAAGUAGUUCUGAGCUCAGAGAAAAACAUGCUCAUUCCUAACCCAUGAAAAGAGUUAGGUUUUUGAAUAUGGUGCAUGGCAGAGGGAAUUGAAGGGUAGAAGGUGCUGGAAAUUAUAGCACUACUCUUGGCUCACCUGAACUGCUUCUUUUUGUUUCCUUCAGGAAACCUUCUGGGAUAUUGAACCACAGCAGGACAUGAUCCUUAUUGCUCGCUUUUACCACUGGCCCAGUGGGAGGGUAGCACCCACCCCCUGGGACAAAGGAUUCAAGCCUCAACACCAGCCACUACUAGGGAGUGAUGAAUGGCUGGCUGCCUGGGCUGUGCUCAGACUGACCAAGCUGCAUGAAUCCCAUAAAAUGAUGGUCACAGGUGCAAUGAAGAAAGGGGGGCCUGGGAUGCCUGUCUGGAACACAGGGACUCAUACGCUGACACUGUAUCAUGGCCCUGUACCACCUGUUGUAGCUCUGUCAGUGAUGUCAAUGGAAGAGAAUCAUCAGGACUUCAAGAUAUAUGGUGAUGCUACUUUAAGACUGCACAUCUUCAGCACCCAGAAACCUGAGCAGCCUUUCCCACCAGAGACACCACCUCCACUUGACCCAGCAAAAACCUGGCCUCAUGAAGCUUUUAUUCAUCAUUUCAGGGAGACACCUCCUGUUGAGCCUUUCAGAGCUGGAGAUGGCUUUGACCUAUACAUUGAUGGAGCCCGCUUCCUGCCUGAUGGUGUCACUGUUACCAGGGUCACUGCUCGCAUCUUCACCAGUGGUUUCAUGCAAAUUGGGCCAGACAUUUACACUGGGAUUGACCUGAAUAGCAGCAUAUUUGAUCCACUUUACAACUACUCAGUUGAAAUCAGAGAGCCAGUGAUAGCGCCUUGUGCAACUCUUCUAUUAAAGGUUUAUUCCAUCAAUCGCUUAACCUCUGAGCUCAUCCAGAUCGGUUGGGCAGCUCUCAAUGUUUUUGUGGAAUGUGGAACACACACAGCCCCUGAACCAGAGACCAAGGGGAUCCAGGUCUCCCUCAAUGAUGGUGCUCAUCAGCUCCGUAUUUUUCACAACAGUCCCUGCCCAGAUCAGCCCUUCUCUACCAGCUCUCUGACAUCAAUAGGACGGUAUGUGCCAUGUGCAACCCUGCUAGUGAGGCUUAUCAAAGCGCCUGUAAAUUCCAGCCAUCAAACUUUACAAAGAAGCAUGGUCCCUCAGACAAACUGGGCCAAAGUGGGCCUUUUUCAGCCCAGGCCUGACUAUUCUGAUGGUGUCUAUUACUCAGACUCGGCCAAGCCUACUGCAGGAGAAAGUUGCUUCUAUGAAGUCAUGGCCAACAGGUCUGUUGUUUCAGUGCGGGAAAUAGUUCACCAACUUGAAGGUCCCAAGAGUUUAAGCACAGAUGAGGAGAUUGUCACCUGGAUCCACCAGAAACUAACCCGGGUGCCAGGCAGCAGUCCACAGCCUUUCAGCCUCACCUAUGUCUCCAGAUACAUUCCCACCUACGGCAUCAAGUUUGCAUUGGACAGAGGUAUGAACUUACCAUGGUCUGGCUUGACAAUUGCCCAAUUCUGCUUCAAUCCACCUGGGGCAUGUUACUUUGGGGCCCAAUGGCUGAAGUAUGAUUAUCCCAUCUUCGUUGAGGAGCUUGACAAAAACAGCUACCAGCAAUGGCCUGUGUGGCUUGAUGGCUUCAAGACCUGUCCCCACAGAGUUUACCAUGAAUAUACAGCCAUUAUUAUCUACCUGUACCAAGGUGUGGUGAAUCCUGCCCAAUGUGCCUCAGGUGAAAAAGAAUGCAAAGCAGCACAAAGAAGAGUCAUUCUAAAAGGGGAACAGUUACAAUACACUCAGAAAAGUGGGGCAUGGACAGCUCUUCAUGUGUUUUCCAGAGGUUACUGCAACACCGGCAUUUACCAACUGCCCUUAUACCAGGGGGCUCCCAGUCAGAUCAUCCUGGCUUCCUUAUCUGAAGGGAAAUGUAGCAGCAUUAUGAAGAGCAUGCUCCAAAAGAAAGAGAUCCAGUUGGUGCCAGGUGCAUCUGUGGUUGUGCGCAUAGCAGAUGGAAGAUGGGAUGAAGAACUCAGAUAUACAUCAGAGAGUAUCGAUCAAUCUUAUCUGCCAGAGACAACAGAUCUUUAUAAUAAAGAACCCUCUGGAGGAAAAAUUGCAGAAUUAAUGUUGCAGGAGACUUCAAGAAAACAGGUAAAAUUGGGCUAUACCCCUAUUUAUGAAUGUAACAAUUUGUCAACUAGCAACAGCCACAGUGCUGCUCUCCUAUGACAUAACUGAAGUUAUAAUUUAACUGCAAGGU